ACGGCGCUCGGAAGGCAACGUUGUCUUACUUCAAGGCAGAGAGUUGAUGUCGGUGCAGUGUGGCUUCACGACGAUCAGUGAUGACGUCAGCAAAAAGAAACUGCAUGGCCGGAAUCGAAAGGCUAGCGGCACUGGAGAAAAAAAUGCCUGCCAGAAAGCUCGUCGGUCUUUCGGUAAUGACGGCGGCCUUCCUUUUCAUUGCUAACGUGGGCAUCAGGAAAACUGCCACGGCUACUGGCCCCCGUCCUGUCGGUGCCCGGGGCGGAGGCCUCGCGGAACAUUUGAAGCUCCAGAAUAUAUCCAUGACUGAAGUGAUCCCGAAAAGUACUGUAGUGCUGGAGUCUAAUGAAAAGAGGAACUUUAAAUCACGUAAAGAUUGGCCAGCCGUUUUACAACCCUCGAAUGCAGAGGACCUGAAGAACACUGAUUUUUCCAAAUAUAAUUCGGAGGACCGCACCCUCCUGGAGGCCCGGCUGCCCGUGCUCGUGGACCGCGCCAGACAGGUGGGAGAAGUCUGCCGCCGCAGCCGACUGCCUCUGCGGACCCAACAACCGCCGCGGUUCCUGUGGGAUAAAACGCAUUCGCCGAGCAUUGUUUGGUGCCCCAUAUAUAAGGUGGCUUCGACCACGUGGCUGAUCAACUUCCUGCGUCUUGCGCACUUCAACGAGAACAACACCGCCAUCCCCUCGAACGCCACGAAAGAGGAGCAAGACAAGCUGAGGCUGACGCACAGGUACGGCGCCAGCCACCACGCCGCCUUCACCGCCUUCCCGAGCCCCGGGUCGCCGCGCGCGAAGGCCAGGGCGCUGCGGGAGGGCGUCCGGGUCAUCAUAGUCAGGCAUCCUUUCACCAGGAUCCUCUCGGCUUACAGGGACAAGAUGACCAAGUUGAAGCCGCUGCCCCUGAAGUAUAAAUUUCGCGACCUGCAGAAGGCCAUCAUCGCCAAGUAUAGAAGCCCCCAAUCCUCGGACAAUUCGACUUUCCCGACGUUUCCGGAAUUCGUUCAAUACGUGAUUGACUCCACGGAGGACUUGGUUACUGCCAAGGAAUGGCUAAAGGUGAAAUGCUGGAGGCCGUACUGGGUGCACUGCGGCGUCUGCUCUACUGACUAUAACAUCAUAAUGAAGCUGGAGACCAUGAGGGAGGACGAGCAGUUUCUCAUCACGCUGUCCAGCCUCGAUGAACUUAAGGGCCAGGCGACCUGGAAGCACCUCCGGGGCAACUCCUCCGUGCAGCUGGCUGACGGCUUCUUCGCCCAGCUGACCCGGCGACAGAUGGCGCAGCUGCACCGUCGCUACCAGCAGGACUUCGAGCUUUUCCAGUAUGACAUCAAGGACUAUUUAGCAAAGGCUAAGGCAGAUGAUAGUCAAUUAGUCUGA